AUGAGCACCAUCGACUCUGGAGUGUAUCUGCUCGAGUCUGACGUCGACGCAUCGCUGGCCGAGCCCAAACACGGCAAGGACAAAUCAGCCCGCGUGAUGUCUACCAACCUCGACUUUCAGCUCACCAGUCCCCUGCCUUCGUCAUCUCCCGCACGCAUUGGGGGUCGUCUACCGCUUCGAACCUCUCACUCGGCUCCACCCUGUCUCAGCAGCUUCUCCCUCAAGGACAUCGCCAAUAACCUCGACGAGCACAACGCACUCAAGCGUUCAAUGGAUAGCCAGCUAGAGGUUGAAACCAAGUCAUCGGACAGCGACCAGGAUGAGGACGUUGUGAUCGCUGUGCAUCCAACACGGCUAUCGCGAGCGAGCAGUGUGGGAAACAGCUAUGGGAUCACAGGGAUAGGGCGGGGAUUUGACUGGAAAUGGGGCAACGAGAGCGAUGAUGAUGACGAGGAGGAAGAAGAAAAGAAAGCACCAGUUAUCCCAGAGAUUCGAGACGAAUCUGAGCAUCCUACCCCGCCUGCUACUCAGAAGAACGGCCUUCCGACUGAAUCACAAACCAAUUUACGUUCCUCGUCGAUGUUUGUCAGGACACCACCUCAAGCUGCAGUUCUCGGUCUCAGUUUGAAUGGUUUACUCAAUGGCCCAUCUCCCCCUGCGGGCCCCCGCUCGGCCGGUCUUCAACGUGGCUUCUCAUACUCUGGGGCAUCAACCCCGGCUGAAUUCUCGCCCUUUCAUUCACCUAGAGUUCGCUCUCCCAAUCUCUCACCCUCGUCCUCAUACGCAAAUCUCCCCGGUGCUCUCAGCUCGCCACAGCUAGCCGCCGCCCGCCUCAACUCGCCUCGAGUGACCAGAUCUCGCUCGAACCAAUCCAGAAGGGUAUCAGUCGUUUCUGGCCGGCAGAUUCCCGUAGCUCGCAUGCCCUCUCCCCCUCCGGACCCUUCGCCCGUCCCUCCUCCGCUUGCUCCGCGGUUAUCGAGGCUCGCCUCUACAACUUCAUUCAUCAGUAUCGCCAGUACAGCCGCCACUGCCCCACCUAGUCCUGGCUCUGAUGGACACAAUCAUUAUAUAGGCGGGCGAUCAAUUGACAACUUUAUGAUCCUCGGAGAAGCAGGCCGUGGAGCUUAUGGUAUGGUCAAGCGCGCCAGAGAGUUUAAGAUCGACGGCAGUCUUGGGCCCAAUGUCAUUAUCAAACAAAUCAUCAAGUCUCGUAUCUUGUCCGAUUGUUGGAAGAAGCAUCCUAUCCAUGGCACCAUUCCCAUCGAAAUCUAUGUGAUGAACGCACUAUCAAAUACCUCAUUCAAACUUCCCCACAAGAGGCCCUGGGACCCAUCACGGUUCCAGACCACUUCAGCACGACACGAAUCCAAGUCGAUUAAAGAUGGCGUCUCCCCAGGCGGCCAUUCCCCUCGUAUGUAUAGCCACGACUUCCAAUCAAUACCCUGGGAAUGGGUUGAGGGUCAAGUUGUUAAAGGUCACCCUAGCAUAUGUCCCCUACUAGACUUUUGGGAGGAUGGACAUUUCUAUUACCUUCUGCUCCCCACUUCAUCUUCAUCCUUCCCAAAAAUAGAUGGCCAAGAGUUUCCCGGAAUCGACUCUAGAGAUACACCACCCAAUGACUUAUUCGACCUGGUCGAAAUGUAUCCGCAGGGAUUGCCUGGAUUUUUAAUUAGAGGUUACCUUGGGCAGAUGGCAGAUGCACUCGCGUUCUUGCAUAGUAAAGGCAUAUGCCAUCGAGAUAUCAAGGACGAGAACGUCGUACUCGGACCAGGUGGUAGAUGUUGGUUGAUAGACUUUGGAAGCUCGGGUGUGGUCAGAAGGGGUGGAUGGGAUACGUUUAGCGGAACCCUUGACUAUGCCGGGCCUGAAAUUUUGCGCGGCGAGAGGUACACCGGGCCUCCUCAGGACGUCUGGGCCUUUGGAGUGGUCGCGUACGUACUCCUCGUAGGCGAGUGUCCGUUUGCGUCAGCACAAGAAGCGCAGGAAGGCCUCGAACCCGGUACCAAGGCACUAGAAUCCUUGCUCGAACGGUGCGGACACGGGCAGGAAGUCGCUUGUGAGGAACCGGAUGGUGGAGGCAGGUUAGGCGAUGCUCUAGAGCUUGUCAAGGCGUGUCUUUCUAUAGACGUAACUAAGCGUCCGACGUUUGAGAAGAUUAUGGUCAGCCGCUACUUGAUGGGUGAGGUCGGAUGGGCACAUUGGGAUCCACCUGCGGAGGCACCACCGCCGGCUAAAUGA